AUGGCAAAGAGAAAGAAUAAGCUGAAACUGAAAUCGGCAUCUCCAAAGACCCCUAAUAAUACUAAUAAGACACAAGAUUCAGUUGAUACAUUGACAGUUGAGACAGAUAAAAUUUCCACACCUACCGACCCUGAUCAACAAACAAUUGAAUUGUCUGAACUUAACUCAAGUGAACCAACUACUUCAAGUACUACAAAUGACGAUGAUGAUGGUGAAGAAGAAGAUAACGACAAGGACGAAGUUGAAAGAGCAUCAAUAAAAUCAACCGAGGCGGUUUUAGAAACUUUAGACUCAGAUCUUAACACCGUCACCGAGAAUAAACCUGAACAACCAACGGAACAAGAUUUAAACCCUGAUCUUGCUAAAUUUAUGAAUAGCUGUCAAGAAGGAAAUAUAACUAUAGUUAAAGAAUUAAUAACUUCCAAAGCAGUUCAAGUUAAUGAUACAUUUAGUGAUGGAAUUACUGGUUUGCAUUGGGCGUGUAUCAACAACAGAUUGUAUUUAGUGAAGUAUUUAAUUGAAAAUGGAGCUGAUCCAAAUUACUUGGGUGGUGAAUUGAGAGCAAGUCCAUUACAUUGGGCCUGUAGAAAUGGACUCGUUUACAUCGUCGACUAUUUGAUGUCCAAUUCAGAUGCUGAUCCAAAUUUGAAAGAUGCACAAAGUUACAAUGCUUUACAUUUAGCUGUUCACUCGUCAAAUAUCACGUUAGUUGAAUAUUUAUUGUUGAGUUGCUGUGAUGUCAACUCCUCCAAGAAAGUGUACAUUGAUGAACCCGAUGGAUCCAAUAGAACUGGGUUGCACUGGGCAGCAUACCAGAAUGACAUCUACACUAUCAAUGCAUUAUUAAGAUUUGGAGCUGAUGUGACCAAAGUUGAUGAUAACUUGUUUAUUCCUUUGCAUUGGUCCUUUAUGAAGGGCUACAAGUCAGUUUUAAAGACAUUAGUUGAAGCUGGGUCAGAUAUUUUUGCAAAAAAUGAUCAAAACAAAAAUUCAUUUGAUAUUGCCAAUGAUAUGAAUUGUUUGAAUACUUGGGAGAAGGUGUUAGUUGAAUGUGGAAGAGAUUCUAAAAAUAACUGGGUUGUUAAGAAACACUGGCUUCAACCAAAAAUGGCCAAGAUUAUCACAUUUUUGACUCCUUAUGUUUUAUUACCUUUAAUGCUUAACAUUAUAUCUGCUUCACAAGGUUACGGGAUACCUAAAUUUUUAUUUGCUAUUGGAUUAACUGCUGGAGGAAUAUAUUUAUUGAAGUAUUUUGUCAUUUCGACUUAUUUAUUUGACGACAAAUUAUUGCCAAAAUCCCCUCUUUUGGCAGGUGUCUUUUCAUCAACAGCAUUCUGGACAAUUUUGGUCUGGCUAUACAACAUUGUGCCGGUAACAUUUUUGCAUAAUUUUUUUACAAAUUUAGUGAUGACAGCAUGUGUUGGAAUUUUGACAUGGUCAUUUUUCAAAGCAAUGUUUAUUAAUCCAGGUUUUGUUCCAACUCCUGCGGAUAACAGUGUCAUAUUGAACCAAGUUAAGGAUUUAAUCAAAAUCGGUAAAUUCGACACCGACCACUUCUGUGUGAAUUCAUUUGUUAGAAAACCACUAAGGUCAAGAUAUUCUAAGCACAACAAGAAAUUGAUUGCCAGAUUUGAUCAUUCAUGUCCAUGGGUCUAUAAUGAUAUUGGUGUCAGGAACCAUAAAAUUUUCAUUGCAUUUGUCUAUUCUUUAAAUUUGGGGAUUUUCCUUUUUGUUUAUUUAUCGCUUCAAUAUUUUGAAACACUUGAAGAUGGAUAUCAAUCAGGAGAUGAAGGGUUAGCAUGUUCAUUAUUGGGAGAUGAAUUAUGUUUUGGAUAUCAGAAUCAUCAUUUCCAUUUCAAUUUACUAAUCUGGGUAAUUCUUCAAGGCAUCUGGGUUACAUUCUUGUGCAUUGUACAAACAUUCCAAAUACUUAAAGGAAUCACCACAUGGGAGUUUAGUAUUUUAAACAAAACCAUCCAAUCCAAUCGUUUCAAUCAUUCUACAGUUCCUAGAGAUUUCGGUGCCAACGGGACACCAAUACCAGAAGCUAAUUCUCAUCAUAAUCAUAAUAACGAGUUUAAAACUUGUUUGAAUUUGUUAGGUAUUGAUCAAUUCAUUUUAACUUUAAAAAUGAGUAUUGGAUCAUUAUUUAGAGGAAGUUCAGAUGAUACCGAUAAUACUGCUUAUAAUCCAUUGAAUGCAGUUAAAAUUCCAACUGAUUUUGGUAUAGUGCAAAACUGGAAAGAUUUUUGGAUUAUUGGUGAUGAAAAACUUAGAAAUGUCUUUUAUUUACCUAUUGAAGGAGAGAACAAUUUGAAUGGUAAAGUGGUAGACUAUUAUACAUUAUAUAGUUAUGACGAAACUGUUUAG